AGCCACCAAUCCGGUCGCUUCCUCGCACGCACACGCGCAGUCGCGUGUUUGGUUGGUUGGUUGCUCUCAGGCUCAGCUCGCUCGCUAGUUUGGCUGCGUUCGCUUGGCGGCACGCAGAAAAGCAACACCUCCCCACCUCAUCAGACCUAAAGAGGCUACCGCGUGAGGCGCGACGACCGGAAAAGUUCGAACAAGCUAGCUAGCUGCCGCGCCCGCGCCGCCGAACGUGGGUGGGGAGCGCGCGCGCGCGCGCGCGCGGCGGGAAUGGACCCGCCGCCGCCGCCGCCGCGGGCCCGGUUGCGCUACGGCAGCGGCGGCUCGGCACAGCAGGGCGGGCAGCAGUUCCCGUUCGUCGUUGACCCCACGGAGGCGGCGGGGGCGGCGGCAGUGAGGGCGUUCUUCCCGGCGCCUGACGGCGGGGAGCCGCCGCCGCCGUCGUCAGGGGACCGCGCGCCGGGGCAGGAGCGGUACGGCGGCCAUGGCGAGAUCUCGCUGGGGCACGGGCAAGGGGUGCAUCAUCAUCGCUACCACCAGUUCGGCGUUGAGGGGAAGCAGCUGGACGGCGGCCCGGCGGCGGCGCCGCUGCCGCGGCACAGCAGCUCGCCGCCGGGGUUCUUCUCCAGUCCCGUCGUGGAUAACGGUUUUCCUAGUGCAAGAGCUGGAGUUGGAGUUGGUGGUGAUGUUCACCAUGCAACGAGUAGUUAUCACAAGAAGAUGAAGUCCCCCAUGAACCUAGCCGGACAAGGAACCCUCUCUCAUAUCUCAGAGGAUGGAAUUCCAGAUCUCACCAAUAAUGUGUAUGGUAGUGGCCACUCUGAAGAGAACAUCACCACCAACAGUGUAGCACGCUCCUCUAAUGGGUUCUCAAUUGGAACAUGGGAGGAUUCAAAUUCUAUUGUGUUCUCCAACCCGGCAAGCAAUGCAGGAAUACACAACAAUGAUGACAUCAUAGCCAGCCUUAGUAACUAUGAAUUACAGUUUGGCGCGACGAAGGAGACGUCGGGCAUGGAUAAAUACCUGCAGAUGCAGCAAGAUCAGGUUCCAUUCAGAGUACGAGCCAAGCGUGGAUGUGCCACGCACCCGAGGAGCAUUGCAGAGCGGGAGCGAAGAACAAGGAUCAGCGAGAAGCUCAGGAAGCUGCAGGCCCUUGUGCCUAACAUGGACAAGCAAACGAGUACGGCGGACAUGCUGGACUUAGCAGUUGAUCACAUCAGAGGACUUCAGAGCGAGCUGCAGGCCCUGAAGCAAGACAAGGAGCAAUGCACCUGCCGCGGCAAUCAUCAUCCAUCAGGGAGAUAACAUUUGCUACAAUGGGUUCUUGACCGCUAUAUACACAACGGCAUUGCGCAUUUGCCGGACAGCAUGAAAAGGUGGCUGCUGGCAUAUGUACUUCGCUCACCACAAGAAAGCUGCUAGGAUAUAUCGUCUAUCGUCCAAGGAAGGUCCAACCUUGAUCGGCAGACUGGGCAAGAGCUUUCGUAUUCAUUCAAUCUAGUGUUUAGCUUCAAGCUAGAAGUAGCUCUUGUGUUGUUUCAUAUGGACGAGCAGAAGUUUUUUUUAAAAAAAAAUCAAGGAGGAGUAGGGGAGGCUUAGAUAUUGCAAGAUGACUUAGGCUACUCUAAGUUGUAAGGAGCUACUAUUUCAAGAUUUUUCCUUGCGAGUUCUGGCUAGCUGUGGUAGAUGCUAUAUUG